AAUUUUCUUCACCUCGUGGGCAGUAGUGGGCUUUGGGUUGCAAGAACCACACGAAAAAAACCGGCCGAAAUUUCUUUUCACUCCAAAGAACUCCUCCAAAGGUGGGCUGUGAAGAUAGCUUAGAUACAAGUUUCAACUUAAUCGCUAAUAUUAUUUGGCAAGCCAAAUAUUUCCAUGUAAAAGCUCAUUUGUCUUGAAACGAUGUGUCCCAAACGUACAGCCUAGUUGUCACGAUUGAUGUUAGAAGAAGCUUAAAUAUUUCGCCUCUCUACAGGUUUUGUCAAUUGUGAGGGCUUGACUCUUAAGGUUUUCCAGUUUUAGUUAUGAGUCAGAGAAGUCUGUUAGAGUCCGAUUGCAAGUUUCAUUCAGCUGUCGAAUGAUAUGUACAACAUAACUUGCACAUGACGACAUUGAAAUGUACAUGUCUAUUAGGUCAGCAGUGGCUCGGAACGGCAAAUUUAUAAGUAAGCUUAUAAAAAGUUUGAAUAACAAAAGAUUUAUUGAUUAGUAAAGUCAGUUUCUGGUAUUGCAAAAAAUGGUGUGGUAUUCAGGGAUUAACUUGAAAAAAAAAUAAAAUAAAAAUCUAGAUGUUGUCCCGAGAAUGUACUAUAAUUGCUUGCUGAAUUUUUACCAUCUGGGCUAGGACUUUCUCUGUGAAAAAAAAAAAAAUUUGAGAGUCUACCCUCUUAACAUAUCAAAUCCAGUGUGCUUUCAAUAAGAAGGCUUCCUGUACCUGAUUUAGUGCUAGAAGAAACUGUAGAGUGACUGUUGGUUCAUAUCAUACCUUAUAUGUUAAGUACUGCUUCAUUCAAACAGAGUUACAUGACACUUAAUGUAUUAUUUUACUUGAGUUCAUGGGUAGAAAUCAUGGUAAGGAUAUCUAAAUAAAUUAAGGCCCAAACCAUGAUCUCAGUUUAAACAUAAACUUCAAACUAUUUUUGUUUUGCUCUGUUAAGCCCAUAAAUGGUAAAUGAGCUUGAGGAAUGGUGCCUGAAAAGGAAAGGUGGAGCCACUAAUAAGAAAACUGAGCUGAAUGUGUAGGGUAUCCAUGGAAACCAUGUAUGCAGCAACCACCAGGCACUGUCGCACUAAAAAACAGUUAAAACUAAGAUAAUAUUACUACGUACUUAUCAUCCCAAGAAAGAUAAGUGGGCUGAAGUUAAAAUCAACUUAAACUACCCAAUAGUAAGAAACAAAACAGUGUGUAUUUGGAGUAAACCAUAUAGAUUUCCAAGUAAAAUCAUAUUGUUCUUUGCCAAUGUCGACUCCAAUUUUUAUUGAUCCUUUGAAUUGAGUUCUAAGGAGCAGGAAAAUAUAAGUAUUUUAGGAGUAAUUAAUAUUGGUGGCUUCCUUUUUUGUUUUAGCUAAACAUCAUGUCUGAUUCUGGUAGUGAAGGGGACCAGUUAGGCAGCUCACCCCCAAGUAAGUCUAGCUCAGUGUGAACACUAUUCUCUACACUGUUUUCCAUGCUUUUACUAUUGGCUCCUGAUAACUCGAACCCAUGCUAACUCGAACCUUGUGCUAACUUGACCCAAGGUCAAAUUCCCUUAGAUUUCCUUCAUGCAUUUACAGCAAUUUUGCCCUCGAUAACUCGAACCCUUAAGAACUUGAAAAUCCCGCAAACUCAAAGUAAUUUUUAUUUCCCUUCAGGUCUUUUGUAUUUAUUUUUACCUUCGAUAAUUUGAACCAUGUUUAAAGUGAAGGACAAGUGGGAAAUAACAGCGUACUGAAGUCUGAAACACUGAUUCAUUUUAAAACAACUGUGUCAAUUCUAUGUCUUUACUUUUUUGUCACUCCAGUUCAAAUCCCUAUACAUUAUUCUCUGUUGUUUAAUUCCUUUUUCCAAGCGUCAUUCUAUAUCUCUUGCUGCCCUUGAAGUGAAGUUUGCAUAAUACUUGCAUUCCCUCCCCAUCCAUUUACUUAUCUCCAGUUAUUUGCUUCCAACUUUCGAUAAUUAUAUAACUUGAACUUUUUUUUGAUUUCCCUACAAGGUUCGAGUUUUCAGGAGUAGACUUACUGUGUUACCGAUGAGGAAAACGUUUGACUAUUAUCUUUUUACUUAGUGUUAUUUCUUUUUGGUUUUGCUGAUCGUGUAAUUGCUUGAUACAAUGGUCUGUUUUGGUUCAGUUCAAGGAUCUAUUUAGUUUUCUGGGAAACAGUUCUGCCCACCUACCCCUCCCCUAAGUCAUCAUUAGCACUUACUUCUCACUUAGGGAAAAAUGACAUUGUUGGGUUAGAGGAGGGGUAGGUGGUCAGCUUCCCAGAAACCUAAAUUAAUCCCAGUUGAAAUACAUGUAUGAGAUACAGUUGAACCUCCUUUUGCUCCAUUAGGUGGCCACCAAUCAAGUGGCCACCCUCUAUUAAAUUAACCCUUUAAACCCCAAGAUUAAAAUUUGAAUUCUCAUUUGUUGCCCCUACUCAUAAUUUUCCUACAGAAGUAGUAGGAAGAUGUUGAUAAAAUAUCAAGCAAAUUCAUCUUGUGUGAUCAUGUCCCUAAUUCUCAUGACCACUCUGUUUUACAAAGUAUUGAUAUAACAGGGAGAAAUUUGAUGUUGAUCACUCUUAUAGGGCUUACAGGGUUAAGCGGCCAGUAAAAGUCUAGAAACAAUAUUAUUGUAGAAAAGAAUGGGAAAUUAAACCUCUGUUAAGCUGCCACCUCAAUUAAGCAACUGUGGCCACCUUAUGGCCGUCCCAAGGAGAGUUCUCUUAUUGUUUUCACCUCUUUAUAGCAGCCACCAAGUACUUGACAGACUUAGUUGGGCUUUAUUUUAAGAAUAUGAUGAUGAAAAACAGUCCAAGGUGGAAGGUGACAGCUGAUUGUGGACCAGUAGUGCUGUCCCUGUCCCAUGUUUAUUUAAAAUAAAGUGAUGUUUCUGCUUAAGACUAUGGUUAUGUAUUACCCGGUUUAUGAUAAACCUCCAUCAAGCGGCCAACCUCCAUUAAGUAGGCACUUGCCGGUACCCCGAGGGUGGCCACUUAAUGCCGAUUCAAAGUUCUGUUGAAAUGAAGAAAUCACACGAGCUAGCUUACUUGGUUUCAAUUUUUGGGAAGUUAAAAAACUGGGGGUUUGAGAAAUCGACCGUAUUCUACUGUACAUAAGUAAAUAGCCACUUAUCUAAUUAUUUUUGACAAGUGACUCUAAAUUUUUAACUUCUCUUAAUUUUUCUCCAAAGAUAAUGUUGCUACCCUACACUGUAAUAAAGAUUUGAAGCAGAAGUGUUAAUCACAUUGGUUUAUACUUUAUUUUUAUCAUUUCUCUUCAGAUGAUACUGCUGCUGCGGUUAUGCAGAAUCCUCAACUUUUAGCUGCUCUGCAGGUUAGUUAUGUUAAUAGUGUUUAGCUUUGGGAUUGUUUCCACUGUGGACAUUUAUUUAUUUAUUUAUUUAUUUAUAACAACUUUAUUUGUAAUCAAUACAAAAAGGCUGCCAUCAGGGAGGAACUGAAUCCUCAUGUAAGAUGACCCCCUAAAAAUAUCUACAAAGCUAUUAAGGAAAUAUAAGUCAGAUAAAAACUAUUAUAAUGUAAGGAGAAAUGUAAAAGAUAUCACUAAAAUAUAUCUAUUAUGCAAUCGCAACAAUUUUAUGUUCAUUACUUACUAGUUACUUACUUACUACUUACAUGACGGUGAUUAGGUCUCUAAUCUCUGUGGGUUAAUAGGCUUGUCAAUGAUGAUAAGAAGGGAUGUGAUGAUGAUAACGAUGAAAGUGAUGAUGAUGUUGACUGUGGCACAUAGUGAUGGCAAAAGGAUAAUUAUAUAUUGGUUGCAUAAUAAUAACAUUGUGAUCUAUUACAUGUAAAUGUAUGGUAUUGAAAGGUGGAGUGCAUGGUGAUGCUGUUAUAGUUGCCGGUAACAACUAAUAUGGUGCUGGGCUUGAUAAUGCCGAAGUCAAUGACUUUAUCAAUUUUGUAUGGUGAUAUUGAUCUAUUGUGUGAUGUUAAUUGUGCCAAUCACUUUCACCUGUCAAGAAUUGAGGGUAGUAUUGAUUGUUGAUGGUAACAAGUGUGAUGGUUAGAAACUUUGGUCAUUUUCAUUGUUUGAUUUUGUGUUUUUAAACAGGGAGGUCUUAGCAGAUUAAUAGGACAACAGUCGGGAUACAUACAGAGGUUUGAUUACUUUAUUUGUUUGUAAAACAAGUUAGGUGGACUUGCACACAUAGUUCAAAUAGGCAUGAUAUUACAGGCCAUGGAUACGUGCCCAAAAAUUCUGUAACUAACUGUAACAAGUGAAUGAUUAAAGUGAAACUUGCGGUGGAGUAGCACUUUCAUGUCAACAAUCUAUCUUGACAUUUUACCCCCCACUAAUUAAUUAAUUAUUAAUUUUUAGGAAGUUAAUUCACAUAGGGUCUGCCUCUUUAACUUCCUUUUCAGGGUAUUUCUGUAUUUUUAUUUUUAUGAUACGCUACCUUGAAUAAAGUGUGUAUGUAUGUAUGUAUGUAUGUUUUUUAAAAUUUUUUAUGAAGGAAAUAACAGAUUGUUGAUUUCCAGAAAAAUAAAUAAUAUUUUUAUUUAUUCAAAAUUAAUUUUUAUAAUAAUAUUAUAACCCUAACAAAACUGAUUACGGAAUUCAUAUACAAUUUAGUACAGUCUGUUCUUGUCAAACCUAAAUUUACAACUCAAAUUUACAUUCCUUGAUUAAAGUGUUUAUUGUAAUAACUCACAUAUAAGAACCUGCUUGAUCUUGCUUGACUAAACAGGUUCUUGUAUUUUUUGGUAUUUAAGUGGCAAAUUUCUGAAAGGAGGUUCUUAAUCCACAGGUAAUUAAUAGCGGGUGUUUACUGUACUAACAGCUCUUAUUUGCUUCUUCAUUUUCAGCUUGCCCAAAGCAGUAAAAAGAAGGCUAAAGGCUUUAAAAAAUAUACAGGUCAGAACUUUAUUUAUCUCGUCUUUUCCUAUAGUUUUCAGAGUAAAUUCGUAAUCAUUAGAAGAUUGACCAGCUGGUGUGAUGUCAUUAAUUAUUAAUUUAUUAAAGUCAUAACAAAUAAACAGGUUGAGUCAAAUAUACACCUCUGUAAAACCAAAAAUACAAAUCGACUGGCUUAGCGAAUAAUUAAACAGUCGAUUACCUGGUCACCUGCUUAUAUUUUAUUGAUGAUACGUACAUUUUUUUUGAUACAAGCAAGUACAACCUACAGGUCAGAUUAUUCCUGAUCCAACCCAUAGCAGUUUAGUGGCUCACAAAUGAGCGCCUUUGCUCUGGCUUUUUACAAGUUAUUUUCACCCACUUUCCCCUGUUGAAAAGAUGAAAGAGUUGGUCACAAACUGACACACAGCAAGCUCAGGUGGUAGAAUUUCAAUCUAGUGAGAAGGGGAGUUUGUGGUUUUAUUAUAUUCCCAGGGAAGGACCCCUUAAAAAAAUCUGAGGAAGAAGGAUUACCUACAACCUUGCAUUUGCAGGAAAAAAAAACUCAGUGGGGAAAAUGUUAAGAUAAUGCAAAUAAACGGCAUGAAAUUAAGGGUGCCUUUAAAUAUUACAGAAGCAUUUAAAAUUUUCUGGUACUGUAUAAAUAAAAUUUGUUUUUUAUUAAUCCUGAGAAAACAGCCUACACUUUUCUGUGCCACCAACGGAUUCCUCGCAAAAUGAUAUCUGAGAAACAAACGCAGAUAUUCCAUACUGAUGACAUAUCAAUACCCAUAGACCUGGCUACUGCUUCUGAUUAGUUGUGCCGCAGUAAGGGAAACUUACUUCAACUAAUCAAAUGCCUUAUCCAGAUCUGGGUAGUAACAUGUCAUGAGUAUGAAAUUUCUGUGCUCAUUCCUCAGAUGUCAUUUCUCAGGGAAACUAUUGUUGGCUUCACGAAAUUUCAGUUGUUCUUAGGCUCGUUUUGAGUGUGAAAUUAUUGUAUUCAACAGGUUGAAUAUUGUAAAGUGGAAGGUGAAUUUUAUGAGAGGGUUCAUGCUCUUGAGUGUGAAUUUGCUGAAAGGUUUAAGCCCUUAUUUGAAAAGGUGAGGUGAAAAUAUAUUGUUGUCUGUAGUAAUGAACUUUGAAAAUCUUUUCAAAUUUUGACUUUGGUAACUACAAUUUGCUGGAUUUUAUUGUGCAUCAGUCAUAAGUUGGUAUAUGUAAACUAAGGCUGAAUAUUUGCAUUUUUUGUCUUCUUUUUUUUUACCUGUCUUUGUUUUUAGCGUAAAAACAUUGUCAAUGGUCAGUAUGAACCAACAGAUGAAGAGUCCCAUUGGCUGAGUGAUGAAGAGGAAGAAGGUGGAGAAGACAAAGAGGAAAAGGAUGAAGAAGAUGUCUCACAGCUCUCUGUAAGUUUCUGUCCCCCCCAAAUUCUCCUUACCACUCUCCAGUUAUUUCCUCUAGCAACAGUUAAGAGUACAGUAUUCUUCUGUAAGAGAACUUUGAUUUAAAUAGGAUUAUUUGUAUCAUAUUCAUGAUGCAUUUUGCAGAGAUGCCAUCCUCUGGAGAUCUAAAAUUUGGAGAAGCUCUCUUUUUGUAACCCCAGCCCCCCCCCCCCCCCCCCCCCCCCCCCCCCCCCCCCUUCCUUCUUUAAUUUUUUUAUUUCUUCAGGGGGGGCCGGAAGCGGCCGAUAUACAGCCCCCCCUCCCCCCCACCGCGGGCCCCGGCACGCAACUUUUAAUAAUUAAAUCAAAAAAAAAAAAAAAAAUAUUAAUAAAAAAGAUCCCACAACUAUUUAAUCUAUAUGUAAUUCUUUUCUCUGUAUUAUUUCUUUUUCUUUUUUAUUAACCCCCCCCCCCCCCCCCCCCCCCCUUCCCCCCUUGGCCUUGGCUUAUAUUUAGGACAUUAUAAGAGUUUUGAGGCGUGCAACUUAGGCCCAAGUAGCAAUUUUACUCUACCCUCUGGGUAUGGGUAUUGAGUAUUGAGUACAUGGAUAGAAGAAGUACAUCUAGUCAUGACUGGUGUUAAAGUUGUAUAGAGUUCUUGACCAAUGGGCAUUUUGCAACUGAAAUCAAGUUGUGAAAGGUUUGAAUCCAGGAGUCAUUUCAAAAGUAGGUUGAGUUUGAUCAUCCAGGUGAACAUAGUCUUGAACAGGAUUGUUGUUGUUGACAGUGACUGACAUUUCGACAACCUGUGCGGUUGACUUUGAACAUGACUACCGCACAGGUUGUCGAAACAUCAGUCAGUGUCAACAACAACAGUCCUAUUCAGGACUACGUUCAUCCAGACAAUCAAACUCAACCUACUUUUGAAAUCAAGUUGUUUCUACACUUUGUACAAUUUAACUUAACUUUACAUAGAUCUACCCUAGGAUACAGAAGACUAAUGUGUUAUGUUUGCCACCGCUGGUUUUCGCGCGAAAUGAUGUCUGAGGAACGACUGCAGACUUCAAUACUGAUGAAGUCUCGCUACCCAGGGCUAGGUAGUGACACAUCAUCAGUAUGGAAUUUCCAGUGGUGGCAAAAUGUUGACAGUUUUCUUUUUGUUGCAUCACAAAAUGUCAGCAUUUUUUCUCAAUCUAUCAGGCUCAUUGCUAGUAGCUAAGUAUAAAAAUUAGCAUUAUUGUAACCUUAUAGGAUACUUUACAUUCAGCUCUGUAAAUUUUACAGGACAAAACUCUCUCUUCCCGGCAGGGUGAAGUGAAAGAGAAAGUCAAAAUAGAUGAAGAGGAGAAGCUGGAAACAACAGAGAUACCAGGUGUGAAUAACUUAGAAAUUAAAAAUACUAUUAACCCCCUACUCUUCUAAUAGUGACCAGUGAUUCAAUUUUUUUUUGUAAAAUCCUAGGAAAUAAAUAGAACUAUUCAAAAGUUUUGCCAAAGAGGUUUUAUAUGAAUGGUACUGGCACAUGAGCAGAGCCCCAUGGCUAAGUAAAUUAAGUUAUCUAUCCAUCUGAAAAAUUUUGGUAGUCACUGGACUGUAUGUUGGCCUGUCAGUCUGUCCAUCUGCACCACAGGGAAACCUGUGCGAACAUGUGAAAUGCCACACCUUCUAGCUAGUGUGGGAGCAAAUAAGAAAAUAAAGCUUAUUGUUGUUGUUGUUGUUGUUGUGGGAGCCUACAACCUGAUAUUGCACAUCCCCAUUGUUGACAAAUCAGGGUGUCUCCUGACCAGUAUCACAUGACUGUAUUGCAUGCUCAGGUGUCAACCCAGCAAGGGAUUGACAAGUUUCUAGUUUUCAGCUGAUCACAGGCUCAUCUCCUAGUGGAUGUUUUUGCAAUGGUUACAAGUUAAUUGUUUGAAGUAAAUUAAUUAUAAAUUCAUUAAUGGGAGCCUCACCUUUAGCCUUAAUUUUGUUUCCUUUUCUUUUUUAUUCAUUUUUUUUCAUUUGUUUUGAAUUAGAUGAUGUGAAGGGCAUUCCAGAGUUUUGGCUGACAGCAAUGAAGAAUGUAGAUAUGUUAGCUGAAAUGAUCCAGGUUUGUGGAUCUCUUAAUUGCUGAUAAUUUAACGACAUCUUCAGUUAUCAGGUUUGUCAUGUUAUGUUAGAUAAGAAGCGAAUUCGUUAAACAUCUGGAUACAAAAUACUGCGCUAAAAUGUUAAAGAACAGCUAAAGAGUUUUGUAAAUUACAGUGACUUUUUUGGGCCCAGUUGCAGAUGUUGAUGAUAGGGAGUGAUGAUAAUGAGAAUGAUUGAUGAUAGCCAGGCGGUCCUGGAUUUCCUGAAGGUCCUAAUAAUGUUAUUAACAGUAUUUGAUAAUUAUUUAGUUGUGGCAGGUGUGAGUUAAAAUGAUGGAGUGGUGCAGAUUUUGAUGAUGUAGUGGCAAAUAUACCUCAUGUGUAAAUGUUCUUCCUUUAUCUUUCAGGAACAUGAUGAACCAAUUUUAAAGCAUCUCCUUGAUAUCAGAGUUGUAUUUACUGGUCCUGACAGCAAUGUAGAUACAACGCAGUAUCCACAGCCAACUCCUAUGGUGUGUUUAUAAUAAUAUUAUUCAGUUAAGAACCUUGUCAAAUCAAUUCAGUAAAGUUAAAUUGCUGUGACAUGAAUUAUAGUUGCAAGCGAGUAUAAAUCUACAGGUUAGCCAGUCCUUUAAAAGAUUCUGGUCUCUAUAAUACUGACACCUCUCUAUUACAGACAGUUAUAUUACCAGCCCCUGCUGAAUUCAUCAACAUUGCAUACAUGGCCCUCUAUUACAAACUGAUACAGUUGUUAUUUCAAAGAUACCAAACUCUGUACAUUGGUACAAAAUGCAACUGCCUCAUUAAUGUGGGUACUUACAUCUAGCGCAUUGAGGCUCAAGAAAGCUUACACUUAUUGCUUUUAGAUUAUUAAGUUCGUUUGCAGGUUUCAGUUGUAUUAAAAGUGUCACUCGUGUAAAAUGUUAUUAUAGCCCAUAUUUGCCAUAAAUGGCCCUAACCCCCCUUGUUAAUAGCAUGUAAAAGUAUUUGAUAACUGACAAUGCUUUCUCUUGGGGUGUAAACAAACCAACUACAUGACUGACAAGCAACACGAACAACUUUGUACAUGCUGAAAGUGAUGCCAGAAAGAAACCUCUGCUUGUAGGGUGGGUUAUAGUGCUGAAUCAUCUCUUAGAACAUUACUAAUUUGCAGUAAAAAGAACUAGAACUUUUUUUUGUAUUAUUUUAUUUACUAUUAUUUUUAAUUUUUUAGGGCUUUGUUCUGGAAUAUCACUUCUCACCAAACCCAUUCUUUACAAAUAGUGUAAGUAGUAACAAAUCAGUUAGUUUGUUUACAGCAUUUGAUUAUGAUUGUUAUUUACUACUUGUGCGUUUCACAUAAACCAGGAGAAAUUGAAAAUACAUGUAUGGGCUAAAUUUGGCAGGGGCGAGGUAGGCAAACAAGGUGUAUUGAGAGAUACGUGCAAGUGGCAACAGAUAAAAGGAAUCAACAUAACCUGCAUCCUUGCAUGAUUGUAUAUGAAAGUAUCUGUGCUACUAUUUAAAAAGAAAUCUAUUUCGUAAAGGCGUGUUUAAAAUUCAAAAUGUCCAUCACAAAACAGACAGGGACUGCACAGGCCAUGAUGCGGUUUCAUUUUCGACUGGCUGAAUCAGUCAACUCUCGGUAGUAGUUGUUAUAAUUUGCUUAAAAUGCGCAGAGACAUCUCCUUCGUUUGGUGCAAAUAAAGCAAAGGAAAUUAAAGAACUCUGCAUUUUUGCCUGUCAUUUUUUUUACAGGUUUUGACAAAAAGUUAUAAAAUGAAAUGUGAACCAGAUGAUGAUGACCCAUUCUCCUUUGAAGGACCAGAAAUAAUCAGCACUUCAGGGUAUGUUUACUACAAGACUGUCUAGCAGUCGCUCGUUUUUCUUUUCAGAGUUACACUACGCGUAACCCAUGCUCGCGAGUGAGCACGCCUUUAUAACUGGCGAAAAAUUCUCAUUGUUUCUUCAGGGCAUGCCUGUGUCAUAGUAUUUCAGUAGUUAUAACUUGUUAAGCAUACAAUUUCCUUUGGCAUAUUUUUUUUUGAUAGAUGUCACAUUGACUGGAAAAAGGGCAAGAAUGUUACUCAGAAAGUCGUGAAGAAAAAGCAAAAGAAGAAGGGUUAGUGUCGUACAUGUACCAUUAGUUUUGUGCUUCAAUUUUUUAUCAAGGCUAAGUUAGUGUACUGAUUUUAUGGUAGAGUUCACUUUUUUGCCUGAAACAGCAGUACUUUCUUUAGUAUUUUCAUGGUUUAUCAUUAUCAUUUGGGAGCUUAAGAUGAGAGGAUGUGGACGGCAGUGAAAACGUCGUUUAAAAGUGAAUUCAAGUUUUAAAAUCUUCAUCGGGAUUAUAUCUAUGUGCUUACUUUGCCAAAUGUAAGCGAACUCUGCCGGAGUUAAAUUCCUAAGAACCAUAUGCAAGUUCAUAAAGAGCAGGAAAAUUUCAUCGUCGCUUGUCACCAGUUUACGUCCUCCAUAAAAUGUGCAGUUAGGCAUUUUCACGUUGUAGUCGUGCAGUGACGGCAAAUGAAAUGUACAAAAAAGCAUGAUGCACGUGCAGAGUUUUUGUUUUGCUCAUUAAACCUAUUGUUUUUUUGACGGUCUCGUUGCCAUUGCUGUCGUCGCAUCUUAAGGUUCCUAUUGUCGUUAUUUUUGUCAAUGUCUUCAUUGUCAUCAUUUUGAUCAUUAUUUCUUUAUCAACUCCACUAGCUCGCCUGCAAAUUCAGCCGUCUCUCUUUGCUCCUCGCUUCCAGAGGCGUUUCCUAAGAGACCUGCGAAACGUCUCCAGCAGCGAGGAGCGACGGCUGUUUUCGCAGGCUACUUAACCUGCAGGAAUUGCCUGUACACAGACGUUGCUUUAUUUUUCUUUUUGAUAAUCGGCGAGCGCGGAGCGCGAGAAAGAAAAAUAUUUUCUUCUUUCUCCCAGCCGUACUCCCUUGCGCUAGCGGUCAUUUAAUUCCCCGCUGUUUUUAUCGUUACCCACGCACGCUCGGUGGACUGUUAAGAGAAAAUGGAGGGUCUGUGAACAGGCUACUACAGGAAAGGCGUUAUUUUUUCGCAUUUUUCAGGCGAGCUACGGCGGGCGCGAAGCGAGGGAGGACACGACGCGCGCAUGGUAGUCACGGUAGCCACAUGGUAGUCUGCGUACCCGGACGUAUUUCCGGUCGUCGCUUCUCUUGCAGACUAGACAUAGAUGUGGAAAGUACGCUUUAUUGUAACAAUAGGUAUAUGUUCUCUAUUUUCAGGGUCUGCAGGAAAGCAAACAAGAUUUGUCAGCAAAACAAUAAAAAAUGAUUCAUUCUUUAACUUCUUUGCACCUCCUGAAGGUCAGUGGCAAUAGUCUUUUGGAAGGAAUAGAAUGUGUUAUUUACUCCUAAGUUGCAGGUGGAAGCUGGUUGCCUGUGAUGCAUAUGAGAACCAGGCUUUACUUGCCCCCAACCGAUGUAUCUGCGAAGUAGCCGCCGUUACCGCCUGGACUACUUCUCGGACGAAUGAGAACAUGCGCCGCCGACAACUAGACCCAUCUCAGAGCUUUACCGCCGGCGUGCCUGCGAGGUUUAACUCGAGUCAACUUCGCAGGCAUUCUGGCGAUAAAGACUGGGAUGACCAAUGUUGCCGGCCACUUCUGUUCUCAUAUCGGAACAGUAUCCCAGGCAGUACCGGCGGCCGUGUCGCAGGUGCAUCGGCGGCAUAUGAGAACCAGGGUUAACGUGCGCUCAAACUUGAAACGGUUUACAAACCUAUCUGAUUCCGCUCGCAACCCAGCGACGACCCCCACAUGCUCACACUUCUCAUGGUACCCAUCACACUGAAGCCAUUUGGGUCAGUGGAAGUACAAAAAUAAAGAACAACAAAGAUUUGCAAGGAAGGAAUCAGGGAGAAUUUAUACUGUUCACAAUCCCCUAUUUUUCCGUAAGAUCGUCGAUAUCGAGCGCUUUGCGUUACCGGCGGCCAUCUUGGAUGAGUGUCAUAUCUACUUAAGGGGCGGGGAACAGUUUGGGAGGAGGUCCCCUCCUCCCUCGCCUCCCUCCACCCACCGCUAUAAACCCCGACACCCACCUCCUCGGUAUAUAUAUGAAAAAUGAAACCAAGAUGGCCACCCUUACCGGUAAGGCAGCGCUCGAUCCUGACGAUCUUCAUGAAAAAAAAGUUGUCUGUGAACAGUCUAGCCUAGAGAGUAUGCUAACACUGAGGGAGGAGGAGAGUGGGGUGAUGCUCUGAAGCUGUAAAACGCCCAAUAGUAUGUGAUGACAUACCGUGUGCCAGGAAAUUUUUGCGGGAGUUUAUUUUUGCGGAUUGGCGAUUUUUUGUAUUUUGCGGGAACUAAUUGUUGCGAUUAGGACAAAUUGGUUUUUCUUGCUGGGAAUUAAUUGUUGCGAUUUUCAGAAAGUCCGGGACAAGUCGUCAUCGUUUUUGCUGACUACGUAAAUAAAUAAUUACAUAUUUCAAGCAAUACUAUAGCAUGCGUACCCUAUGUAAAACCAGUGACAGAAGUUUUGCUCGUCAUUUUAAUCGUUUUGUAUCUGAACGUAAGAGACAAGUUGUAGUUGAACAGACUCUGGAGUAAAUUUUUGCUAGAAAAUUGUUUGCGGUAAUUAAUUUUUGCGGGAACUUAUUUUUGCGAAUCGUUGGAAAAAUCGCAAAAAUUAGAACCCACAAAGAUUUCUUGCCACACGGUAUUCAAAAAGCAAAUCUGCAAGCGUUAGAAAACAAUUCGCUUCAUAAAUUUGAAUUAAACGUGAAAGAUCCUCUCCCUGACAGGCCUUGACGCCCAUCGUCUACAAAUUUUCCUGUGCAAGCUGUAACGCUUGUUACGUUGGCGAAAGAAGCCUUCACUUUUCCACGUGCGUGCACGAGCACAUGUCAUCGGACAGAUCGUCUCACGUUUAUAAGCACUUACAGGCUUCAGAGUCCAGUCGUACCUCCUGUAACUUAGACUGCUUUAAGAUCUCGGACUCUGCCCCUACAAGGUAUCAGGUUAAGCUUAAGGAGUCCAUGUACAUCAAGUGGGAAAAGCCUGACCUUAAUCAACAGGUCAAACACAUCAAUCUGACGCUUUCUUUAUAGAUUCGUGCAAGCGCGUCCAUUAAUUUUGUUAACUUCAAAUCUGCAAGCAUAUAUAAUAACGCACGCUUAAGAUUGCUGACCGUGGCGUAGCCUACACUGGCUCACUCACUACACUUUGCUAGUUCACUUAUUAACCCUUUCCUUUUAUUAUUAUUUUCAUUUUAGUUCCCGAGGAUGAAGCUGAUAUGGUAAGAAAUGGCUUUUUCAAUAGUUAAAUGGAUGGAAAGUAAAACGUACCUCCCAAAAACGCAUUUUUAAAUUAUGGACUUUGCUAUUAAAACCUGUUUUACAUAUUUAUAUAUAUAUAUUUUGUAGGAUGAAGAAACGGAAGCCCUCUUAUCUGCUGAUUUCGAAAUUGGUCAUUUCUUCAGAGAAAGAAUCAUUCCCAAGGUAAUGCAACAGACGAGUUCACAAUUCCAAUACCCAUUACGUUCAAACUUGAGUUCUGUUCGCUUGAGCAUAUUAAGAAACUAUUUUCAUGUCGAAACAUUUUUCGAAGCCUCGUUUUGAAAAAGAGGCAGGAGGCAACUUAGAAAUGGAUCAUUGACUGCCAUCUUCUCUUACUUUAACACGGGAAAAAACUAACCACUAACUAAACCACGCUUAAGUUUUCACUAAUAUCAGUACAGGCCCAGUUUUGAUGCCAAAAUGAUAUUUAAAUACAGGUCACUUCACCCAAGUGGCCCAAACACUGAUUUUAAUGUCAUUUAAUUUUAGACUUCUUGAAAGUUAGCGCGCGCAAGUAAAGUUACGUCUCUGUUUUGUUGUUGUUUGAAGGUUAAGUUGUGCGCGCAUUUGUCAGUUGUUUUCAAACCGCUGAAAAAGAGAUUGCACCCUCGAAACGUCUUUUAUUGUUGUUGUUGUUUUUACCGAACCUUUUCAGUUUAUAUUAUAACAGAACCUUGACUUUUGCACGAAUUAAUGCGUUGCACAAGUUUUUCGUGAAUUUCGAUUUGCGGUCCGUUUUCACCAAAUCAGUGACGACAAUGCAAAGUCAAAAGUUAAAAUCUGGGUUAAAAGUAGAAGCGGGGUGAUGGCUGUUGCGAUGAUUUCAACAAAAUUUAUUCGUUUCUCGUUUGAUAAACUCGCUCGUACUCACAAGAUCGCUCGCUCUUUUUCUCCUCGUGUUCUAGUGCCAAAACCGGUCCUGACCGGUUCGGCUUACGUCACACACGCACCACAGGAACCCCAUUUCGGGUCCGACACUCUCCCCCUAUUUGAUACACGCAAGUGGAGCAAAUAUAAUCACACAGCUCCAUGCUUAUAUAACAGCAACAGUUUUAAAGAGUUCUAAUAGUUCGUGACUCCGCAAGUCACUGAAUCAGUUCUCGCAAGAGGAGCAAAUCGAACAUACAGCUCCAUGGGCUUAACAGUUCUAACAGAUUUAACAGUUCUAACAGAUUUAACAGUUCUAACAGUUCAUGACCCCACUCGUCCCUGGGUCUGUUCACUUGUUCUCUUGCUCUGCAAUCUCUCUGAUCCGCUUCGCCGCAGCUACAGCAGCCCGCCUAGGGGCGAACUCUCUGGCUCGAGGAUUAAGCUGCACCGAAUUUCUCAACUGUGUGUCCCGUACGUCGCACGACAGCUCCAUUGGACAUAGCUGUUGGAUUGCUCGCUCCAAGUAGGACUUCCCCGCUCUCAACCUCGCUGCUCGGACGACGCCGUCACGCCCCUUGAUGAGUUUCACUACAACUCCAAUGUUCCACUUUCCACGGUUGCGCUCCUCACUCUGAAUUAGCACCACAUCUCCAACUUUCAGUGUCAGCACCUUGGUCUUGUGUUUGAGAUUGUGUCUCUCCCUCAAACUUCUGAUGUAUUCUGUAGUCCACCUUGACCACAGAAUGUCCUUGCAGCGACGGAGGUAUCUUGUCCUCUUACGUAGCUCCACAUCCUCCACUGACUCUGCAUCCUCCUCUGGCAGGAGGUUAGGUAGCCCGUGCAUCAUGACGUUUGGCGUUAGCACCGGAAGUUCAACAUCAUCUUCAACAUAGGAUAACGGGCGGUUAUUGACGGCCACCUCCACCUCAAGCACAACUUCUUCAAGCUCUCCGAAUGUCAGGUACGCUCGUCCCAUAGAUUUGUAAAAUGACUGUUUCACAACUCCAACCAACCGUUCAAAUUGACCGCCCCACCAUGGGGCUCUGGCGAGGUUAAACUGCCAAAGGAUGUUGUGGUGGGCCAGAUAGUCUUGCAAUUUCUCCUCCCUCAUAACACUCUUGAGCCACCUGGAUGCAGCCACAAAACUUCUUCCAUUGUCCGAAUAAAUCUUCGUAGGCCUCCCCCGUCUCGCAAUGAAAUGUUUCAAACACCUGAUGAAACCAGCAGUGGUCUGGUCAGUUAGUAACUCUAAAUGGACCGCUCUCGUUAGACUGCAUGCGAACAGUAAAAUGUAUGCCUUGCCUUCUUUCUUCUUCGAAAUCUUGUAAGUUAUGGGCCCGGCGUAGUCCACCCCUACUACUUGGAACGGAAAUGUCCCCUCUGUACGAUCCACUGGUAAGUUUCCAGGCGGUGGAUUUUGGAGCUUUGUCACAUGGAACUUCUUACACCCAUAGCAGUGGUUAACCACGUUCUUCGCCAGUUGCCGGAGACGGGGAAUCCAAUACUCUUGUCUCACAUGCGCCAUCGUUAGGCCGACUCCCCCGUGUAGCGUCAAGAUGUGGGCGUCUUGCACCAUUUUUUCUGAUAAGACUACCCUGGGUGGCAAAUACACCGGAUAAUGUCCUUGAAUUCUUCCUCUGCACACAUAGAUUCCUUGGUCAUUCUUCUGAAGGUUGAGCCUUUCUUGGUCUUCCAGAAACUUGUCUGUUACACUGUGUCUCUGCUGCUCCCGCCUUAUCCACCACUUGACCUGUAUCUCCGUCUCAGCUGUUGUCAAGGGUCCGCUUACUCGGUUCCACUUCUUGCUCCGGCAAUUUUGAAGGAAUCUCAUGACCCAUGCACUGAUUCUGAUCGUUCGCCAGAAGGUAUGCCUUUCCAGCACUUCAUCGAAGUCGUCCCUCGCCUCCACUGCCACUGCAAACACCUCCUUAGUAAGCUUAGCUUCUGCUUCCGUUUCUUUGUUAGGCUCUGUCACUACGUCUCCCGGCCACUCCUCUGGCUUGGACAACCAUUGUGGUCCCGGCAACCACACAUUACACAGCUGAUCUGCCUUGCAGCCUCUGCUUCCUAUGUCGGCUGGGUUGUGUUUGGAGUCGACAUGUCUCCAUUCAAUGUAAUCUUUGUCGUUGAUCUUGCGGACUCUGUUGGCCACAAACUGUUUGUAAGUACCUCCCCCCUUGAUCCAGUGGAGUGCGACAGUACUGUCACUCCACCCAUGGACUGACUUGAUUGGAUAUCCUUCAAGUGCGACUCUCACGUUCUCCACAAGGUUAGCGGCCAUGUGAGCGGACACAAGUUCCAAUCUUGGAAUUGUAAGAUUCUUCUUUGCUAAUCUUGACUUUGCUGCUAUUAAGCCCUUGCUCACCCCGGAGGCUUGCGUAAUCACUGCAUAGACGGCCGCUGAUGUACCAACUCCACUUGUGUCACCGAAUACAUGCAACUGGACUCCUUCGAUCGGCUCCUUGAACCUUGGUAUGCUCCGCAGUACUUCAACCUUGUUGGGGAGGCUCCUCACAAACUUCAGCCACUCUUGUCCAAUUCUGUCUGACAGUUUCUCAUCCCACGGUAGUCGACUGUCGCAUACUUCGCGGUAUAGAAGCUUUCCCACUAAUGUUGUGGGCGACGCUACACCAAGCGGGUCGUACACCGCAGCUAAGAAUCGUAGCAUUCCUCUCUUAGUGUUAUCAACAGGUUCCUCAGGGAAAGUCACUGCAAUUGUGUCCUCUCUCUUGUUCCACGGCAAACCUAAUAUCUUGGAUUCACCUUCCUUAACUCCCAACUGUUGCUUUGCGUAACUCUGCUGUUCAUCAACAGGCACCCCAUUCUCACCGUCUAGCUGAGGCUCGUGCACCGGAACAACAUUCUCACUCUCUAGCUGAGGCUCGUUGGAGUUCCACUUGUGCAUGGUAAACUUAGCAUCCCCAAACACUGAUAUGAUCGUCUUCUUCAGGUCCUGAACCUCUUCUUUGGUGUUGCCCCCCGUGAUGACGUCAUCAACGUAUAGACUCCUCAAGAUCUCGUCUACCUCCACUGGGUAUUUCUCUCUUAGGCUUUGCAAGUGCAACUUUAGUGUUCCCGCCAACAAGAAUGGCGACUGGACCAACCCGAAGAGCGCUCGCGUGAAUCUCAAGGCUUCAAUAACUGAAGGGUCCUUGUUCUUGAGCCAGUGGAAACGUAGUGCAUCCCGGUCUUCAGGUCUUAUGCGUACUUGUAAGAAGGCUUGUUUGAUGUCAGCUGCUAAGGCUACUGGCUUUAGGCGAUUUCGCACAAGAACGUUCCACAACAGAUUCUGCAAGGGAGGCCCCGUUUCUAAGCACUCGUUUAACGACGGACUAUCUUCACUUGGCUUAGCCGAUGCGUCAAAUACAAUUCUGAGUUUUGUGGUCACGGCAGUUUCCUUUUUCACAGGUUUGUGAGGGAUGUAAAAUACUCUCUCGUUUGGCUCGUCUACAACUCUCUCAACUAUCCCUUCAGUGAGUUGCUCUUGGAUGAUCUCAUCGUACUUGUCUAUCAGACCAGGCUCUCUCUGCAACUUCCUCACUAGACCUUGUAGUCUCCUGAUACUUCCGCGUUCGUUCGAUUGCAGGUGAUCGUGACCCGGCUUCCAUAGCAAACCCGAUUCGUACCAACCUUCGUCACUUCGGUUCAGUUGCUCAGAGAAUUCGGCAAACACGUUUUGCUGGUCUGCUUCUGGUCUAUCUGCGAGUCCUAAAACAUCUAAAGAGCAGAGUUGUUCGUAGUCCGCUGCCGAUGUUUUCGUCAAAUAAACGUUGGAUAGCGCGGCUUCUCUCCCUGUGGACAUCAUCGUCCACCCCAGCAUAGUGAACUCAGCAAUGGGCUCAGACGGCUGACCAAUUCUAGGUUUCGUCUCAGUUUUGAUCCUUGAGUACUCGCUGGCGCCGAGUAUUACAUGAAUGGGUAACUCACUCUUCUUGUCAUCGUCAUCCAUGACCACUCCCUGCAGGUGACGAUACUUGCUGAUCAGUUCUCCAUAAUUCGGAUUUGGGACUGUGAGUAGAACACCCUUGUCCACCUUAUUGAUCUUCGUCAUCAUCUCAAACUUCCCAUCAACACUUUUAACCGUUACUGAAUACCCUUGUACCUUUUGAACUGUUGAGCAAAGCAUCAUGUCAAUCUGUCUAUGUUCGAUAUGAGUUGGUCGCUUGUUAAGCCGUUCAAUCAGAGCCGCUGACGCAUAAGAACUACCCGCACCUGUGUCUAGUAAUGCUCUGCAUUUGAUCCCAUCGACGAACACCACUACCACCGGAUAAAUAACAGAACCCUCACCAGUUGCCAACAUCAUUUGACUGUUGCUAGGCAGCCUGUCACAAAUAGACGUGUGAUGUCUGCCACCGCAAUGUUGACAAGUGUACUUGCUGUGGCACUCCCGUGCUUGAUGUCUUGUUCCUGUACAGUUGAAGCAUAGUUUCUUGUCACUCAAGAUCUGCCUGCGCUGGUGCAAGCCAGGGACUUUCUUGCACUGGGUGGAGCUGUGAUCCUCGCCAUUACAAUAGAUGCAGUUACGCCCCACCUUCGCACUCUCAUCUUUGGUCUGGUAAGCAGGAUUUUUCCUUGCUUGGAAGCGAUUUCGCGGGUCACGGUUCGGAGGAUAACGACUUCGCAGGUCAGGCUUUGGCGGUUCAGGUUUAAGGUUUUCGCUGACAAUAGGGUUACGGUCACACCACUUCCUCAGGGAUUCGAUUAGCUCUGCAAAUCCCCACUCUUGCCAGUUAUCGUCUAGACGUACCAGAUCCGCUCUGAUUCCAGGUAAUUUAUCAAGCGUCGCACGCACAAACCCUCCUAUUUCGUUAACCUUGCCCAUGGUCUCUAGCACUUGUAUGUGACUUGUUAGCUUCUCGUAGAAAUCAUGGAUUUUUGCUGGGUGUCCACCAUGAACUGUGGAUAAUCCAAUUAUGCAUUGCAUAUGUGCGUUUGCUACCUCACUGGGUUUACCAUACUUGGUUUUCAAUAUAGCUUUGGCCCUUUCGUAACCCUCCGUCGUGAAAGGGAGUCCGUCAAUGGACGCGCGGACACUGGGUACUAGUAACUCCUUCAGGUAAGAAAACUUAGCAACUUGAGUUAGUUUAGCCUUGUCGAUUUCAGUUUCGAAUUGAUUCCAAAACCUCAUCCAAUCCAGGAAAGUCCCUUGAAAUUUAGUUAUCUCCAGUUUUGGCAAUUUCGCUCCGACACUGCUCAAAUUCCCAGAUUCCUCCGUGGAUGCCUUCGCCGUUUUCUCAAGACUCGCUCGCGCUUCGUGUUUAGCCUUUUCAAGCUGGAUCUUUUCCUCCAAAUUCCGUUUCCGUUUCUCUUCCUCGCGUUUUUCCUCUUCGAUUGAUCUAAUACCGGCAGCUACAUAUUCCACUUCUUUAAGAAUUCCCUCAAAUUUACUGAUUUGGCUUUCUAAAGUUUCGGUCCAAAGUCUGACCUCUACAGGGUCAUUCCCACUUUCAAUACGCAACUCCUGAACUUCCAAUUUGAGCUGAUGUGUUUUGUCAAUAACGUGCUCCAAUGCGCUUCCAUGCCUCUCAAUUGUCUUCAGGUCUCCGGUCUCGAUUACUUUCGCUGUAUCUCCCGCUGUAAAUUCAAGCAUUUUCAGUUUACCUUGAAUCUUCUCCUGCAUUGUUUUGAUUUCGCCUUCGGCGCUCAUGUUGUUGACUUCGGUGUUUCUUCGCUGUGUUUACAUGUAAAAUUCCUCUCGUCGCUCACUUCUCGCCGCUCGCUGUUACUUUCUCGAAUCACAGGUGUCCUGGCAGGGUCGCCACCUUUUGUUGCGAUGAUUUCAACAAAAUUUAUUCGUUUCUCGUUUGAUAAACUCGCUCGUACUCACAAGAUCGCUCGCUCUUUUUCUCCUCGUGUUCUAGUGCCAAAACCGGUCCUGACCGGUUCGGCUUACGUCACACACGCACCACAGGAACCCCAUUUCGGGUCCGACAUGGCCAAGUGGUCACUACCUCAAGCUUCGAAUCCGUACCUUGCCUUCGCGAUGUUUACGUUGUCUUGUGUUCAAGUCCUCCACAAAACGUGAAAUUCGGCACUUUCGCGUCGUUGUCGUGCAUUGACGGCAACGAAAUGUACAAAAAAGCGUGCUUUACGUGCAAAGUUGUUGUUUUACUAAUCUAAACCUAUUACUUUUUUGAAGUUCUCGUUACUGUCGUCAUCGUUGUUGCUAAAGCUCCCUGGCCCCGCGAUAGACUAGCAUCCCAUCAAGGAGGAGGGGAAGGGCAUUUUGCCAUUAGCCCUUAAAGGCCUCGUCGCUCCUGCGCGGCGCCUUUCUUAUACUUACCUGUUUCAGUGACAAUCACGGUGGAAACAGUACUUUCCCAGUGUUGGCUAUAAACUGGGGCAGGGGAGGUCUGCUGGUUCUUUUACCCAGCAGACCUCCCCUCCCCUCCCCCUUUCCCACCCCUCACUUCUUAAAUCUACUGUGGUAAUAAUCCAUCCCUGAGAGAACAGGAUUACUUGGUUGUAGAAUCAUAGUUGUUGCACGUUCAUGGCUUUAACAAAUACAUGUCUGGGUUGCUUUUUAACGGUUGUCUUCUUUUUCUGUAGGCUGUGUUGUACUUCACAGGAGAAGCGCUUGAAGAGGAAGUAAGUCUUUUAGUCGUCAGCUUGUAUUUUGUCUUUGUUUAGCUCUUAGCUGGGCUGCCUGUGCUUAAUAAAAUAACCCAGCGUUUGUCCAAAAACCUGACGAUCUUACGGACCCUGUGGUUGAAGUCAUGAGCAAAGUAGCUGUUAUUUCUUUAAACAGCUUUUAAAUUACUUUUAAAUUGUUGCAAUUUACUUGAUAUGUCUCUCAUUCACUAAGCACGACCGCGGGGCGGUUUGUAAGGAAGUUUGUUAAAUUCACCGUGUCUUGGCGAAACCAUGAACUUGAUCAUCUGAAAUUCUUGUUUAACGGACGCGCUUGUCUUUUGCCGUUUUCGCUUCUGUCACGUUAUAGUGGCUACAAGUGACGCAUUCUUUUAGUUCCGACCUCUUUCUCACGGCUUCAACUUUGUAUUUCACUGCUUAGCUUUCUUAGCGCCUUGGGCCAAACGUCCAACUUUUCAUGAGACGAACCAAACUCAAAUUUGGGUCGACCUAAAUUAAGUUAAGAUCGUCUGCUGUGUCAGACGUCGAACUUAGGACGCGUCGAACCAACUAAAUCAGACCAAGCUAAAACAUUAAUUUGUGGUGUUUUUUUUUAGUUUGAAGAAGAAGAGGAAGAAAGCGAAGCAGAGGUAAUGAGUCUGGAGGAAAACAACUGGCUUUGUUUCCCAAGAAACUUAAUAGGGAGGUUGAGCAACGACGACGGCAACCAGGACGUCAAAAAAGCAAUAGGUUUAUUGCGCAAAACAACAACUUUGCACGUACAUCACGCUUUUUUGUACAUUUCUUUACCGUCCUGGCAGGACUACGACUUGAAAAUGCCUAAUUGCAAGUUUUAUGGAGGACGUAAACAAGCGACGACGAAUCUCUUUUUCUCUCUCUAAACUUGAGUGCGGUCCUCAAGAAAUCAACUGCAGGGAAAUUCGCCUACACUUGCCAUUUUCAGCGAAUUGGAAAAACGCGACAAAGAUUGAAAAAACGGGAAUUCAUUUUAAAACUGACGUUUUCGCUGCCGUUGCCGUCGUCGAUGCUAAAGCUCCCUAAUGUGUCCCGAGGCGGAACCGCGGGAAGCAAAAUAUAACUGGCUUCCCUCAGAGACUGCUCAUUGAGUGAUUUGUUAUAUAUUACAAAAUAGUGAUAGAAAAUCUCAACAAUUGGUCAACAUUCGUGCACUGUUAAUGCAUUGUUACCAUGUUGCUCGCUCAGAAACGUGUUGGCGGGAAACGUGUGACCUCAAAAUAACCAAUGAGAGCGAGCGCUAUUGGGGAAAAAUUUACACUUACAUAACAAUGAUGUGUACUUUACGUUCCUACGGCACAGCGACACCGGCUAUUUCGUAUUUCAUAUUACCAACUAACCCCUUCGUCGUCACAUAAGGAGAAAAUUGUUCAAUGGGCUGUUCGAAAUUAUCUCAGUUUACUUCCCAAUCACAACAAAUUGUUGGCAGAAAGUUUUUGAAAGAUUUCAGUUUGUUUCUAGUCUCAAGUAACUGUGGCCAAGCAACUCCAAUAACAGUGCAAUAUUGGUCUAAUGAUGGGACAAUUUUGCAUAAGUAAUAGUGCGAUGUUGCAUUACAUUUUUUUCUGAUUGCUGUCAUUUUCAGGAAGGGGACGGUGAAGAAGAUGAAGAUGAGGACCCAGAUUACCAGCCACCCCCGGUAAGUCAUUACUGCGAUUAUUUUACGGGUGGUGUUAAGGCAAUAUGCUUAAUUCGGCAAGAGGUGUUUUUUAAUUUUAAAUGAAGAAGUAUAAACUUUUUUUGAUAGAGAUUUAAACACUGGUUUGAGGGCACUUUUGCGCUAUACAUGGCCGCGCAGUUCCAGGUAUCUCCGAUUGGCUCAAAUCGCACGGAUUAUUCGUUGUAACCAGCUAGCGUUGACCAAAUUUGGGAGACGUUUGCGAUAUGUGGAAAAUGACGUCAACAUAUAGUACAGCAUAAAUACCAGAAAAAAUGGACGGGCAACCGCGAAGCCCUGGGAUCGACGUUGCGUUGUUUUCGUAGAGCAGCGCAAAAUGGCGGAACAUUUCGCGCCUUUCACUCAAAGUCCCUUGUAAACAGAGCGAAAAAGUUGAAUGGUCCGUGUGAACUAAGUGUCAAGUCAGAUUUUCAGCCGCUCGAAAAUUCGUCUCGUGCCUUCUGAACUUGGCCUUAAGUAAAUAAGUGCAGCAAAUGGGACGCGAAAAUAAUCCGAAAAAACAAAUUCGCUUCAAGUCACAGUAAAAACCGUCGGUUGCAGAGAAUUAAAGAAAAACUGGAAGUUAAGUGCCCUCACAUCCUUUAAGUUGUGACUUACAGAUCGUUAAAAGUCGUUUUGCUAACUGAAAUGGAAAAUUUGAAAGCAAAUUCACCAGUUUAAAGUAGGUACUCUCAGAAAUCAAAUUCUAGUGAUGCUGAAAAUCAGCACGACGACAGUGAAAACAAUGGAAUUUAUCACUUUAAUUUCUCUUUGUAGGAUGGCGAGAAACCGCCGGAGUGUAAAAACCAGUGAAAACUUUGCUUUCUCCGAGAGGACAAACUUCUUUGGUCAACUUUCUGUGAACAAACCUCGUGAUUUCUGAAUGAAAUUUUGUUUGACCGAUCGUCAUGGGUGGAGGGCGGGGGGGAGGGGGGGGGUGGUAUUUAUUUGAUACGCCUAAAAAUUCGAU